UGGGUUUGAACAGCUGACCUACAGGUUAUCCCAAAAACCUGCAUACACACCGGCCCUUUGCGGAUAAGAUCGCCCAGCCCUGCUGUAGAGUGAAAUGGACGGGGUGAGGAAAGGUAAGUAUGCUAAAAAAAGGAAGCCCUCACUUAGAGGAAUGGGCUUCAUGUCCAAGGUAGGUGUCAGGCUUGGUCUCAGAAGUAGCCUGUAAUCUGGGGAAGGAGCUGGCAGGUAUUUAUGUCUGAAGAGGUUUGAUAUUAUAUAGAACUUCAGGGGUACAUCUGUGAGUAGCUUUGGAGUAAAAUGUGGGGUCAACAAUAAAAACAAUAAUAAUGUGCUGCACGAAUGGAUGGAUGGAUGGAUAACAUUCAGGUUCUCUCUGCAAAGCAUCCAUGGAGACUAUACAGCUGCACCGUCAGUCCCCCUGCAAUUAUGGACAGUAGCUUUUGUUCUUUCUUCUCUGGCAUGUUCCUGAUCAUUAACACAGAAGAGCAGAACGUGUUCAAUUUUUAACGCUUUGUGCUCUGUAAACCUCCAUAUACCGACCACUUAUACUUUUCAGUAGGAUUUAGGGCAUGUUGUUUUUCGAAUGAAUGAUUUCCAUUAUGAAAAGCAGUGUGCAUGUGCCCAGACAUGUUUCACAUAAUAACAUCAGAAGUUAUUUCAGACCCCUAUUUAUAUGUCAGCCACUCUAAUAACAGGUCUGUCCAUUAUUUUUAACAUGUCAUUGAAGUGCCUUCUCAGCUGAGAGUGCUAACGGUUUAGGUCGGGAACAAUGAUAUACUGGCACUCAAGUGCUUGUAUCAAGUGUUGAUAUUUUUAACAUCGCUGUAAUUCCAAUAUCACUGCCUUCCAAUGCUACUUCAGUGGCCUUUUAUCAACUCCCCCUGUCUCCUAUAAAUGGCAGGAAAACAGGUCAAUAGCCAUACGUGUUCAACACAUCACAUACAGUAUGGACAUUUAUAGUACAAUGAAAUCACCGUGCGGUAUAUUUACAAACAUUGUGCUUGGCUUGGCUGUCUCAGUAUAACUUAUCUGACCGAAGUGGAAAAUAUGGAGCUCCUCCCACAACAGAUGUAUUAAUGAUCGAAUGUCCUUAACUGCUGGCCCAGGUUAACUUCCAUACAGAGAACUGUCUCGACCAUCUGUCCCACCUAAACCAAAAUAUCCCCAACAUGCUGAUCUGUUGCCAGUAGAGCAAGGGGUAUAGGAGGGGAAACGUGACGGAGGAGGGGUGUGCAAGGCUGGGGGAUUCCCAUGUCCACUGGUCCUGCUGGUGACACGGGAUGACCGACACCCGCUCAGUCAUGCAACAAAAGCCAUGUGUGGGACAGCUACGGACCGACAGGACCCCGACUCUAACUAACACAGGCCAAUCCGGCCAACCAGAUGAUGUCAGCAGGUUCCUGAAGAUGGACCGAGAAAUGAUGUGUGACCAGGACAGUCCCAGCGAGUACCGUCACAGGGGAUACUACCUGGUGCAGGUGGGGGACAUAUUAAACGGACGCUACAAAGUGCUGACCAAGCUCGGAUGGGGCUACUUCUCCACUGUAUGGCUCUGUUUGGACCUCAGGCUCUCCCGGCGAGUGGCUCUGAAGGUGUUGAGGAGCGGGCCCGGCUUCACACAGGUGGCGCAGGACGAACUGGCCCUGCUGCGCUGUGCAGGUGGCCCCAGCAGUAAGCAUAUGCACAGCCAGCGCAUUGUCCGGCUGCUGGAUGACUUUAAAGUGGUCGGCGAGAACGGGAUCCACAUGUGUCUGGUUCUGGAGCUGCUUGGCCCAGACCUGUAUAGCUGGCAGGAAUGUUUUGGAGACCCUGGACUUUCUGUGCUCUGGGUUAAACAUAUCAUUAAACAGGUUCUGCAGGGACUUGACUAUUUACAUACCAAGUGUAAAAUAAUACACACAGACAUAAAGCCAGAAAAUGUGCUGCUGUGCUUUGGAACGCAAUCAAACAGUCAGACAGCAGGGGGCGACGUAGGAUCAACACAGACCACUGGCCAAGAAACACAAUCCAGGAAUGGUGAUGGAAAGGACCCUUGGACAUCGACGGCACUGGAGGACAUCACGGUGAAGAUCGCAGACCUGGGCAGCUCCUGUUGGGUGUAUAAGCACUUCUCUGAAGAAAUCCAGACGCGUCAAUACCGAUCUCUGGAGGUGCUUCUGGGUGCAGAGUACGGCCCGCCGGCUGACAUCUGGAGUGUCGCGUGCAUGGCAUUUGAACUGGUGACUGGAGAUGCCUUGUUUGAACCUAAAGCUGGACGCUGCUUCUCUUUAGAGGAAGACCACAUUGCUCAUAUUAUUGAGCUUCUGGGAAGAAUCCCUGCCACAGUGGCUCUUUCUGGAAAAUACUCCACCGAGUACUUCGACCGCAGAGGAAACCUUCUCAGGAUCCGAGUGCUGCGUCCCUGGAGUUUGUACGAAGUCUUGGUGGAGAAGUACCACUGUGGGCUGAAGGAGGCCUCGCUGUUCUCGGAUUUCCUGUUGAACAUGCUGGACUUCCUUCCGGACAGGAGGGCCACUGCGACCCAGUGCCUCAGCCAUCCCUGGCUCAGCUCCUGAGCUCUGAGGGGCCCCUUGUGCUACCUGACCUACGGUUUCUUUUGACUUGCUGGCCACUCUGAUCACUAAGCAUCUUAGAGUGCUAUGAGAAAAGAGCCAAAUCUUUGGAUUAUCAGGAGCAAAAGAAUACGGAAUGAAAAUGGCCAGGGGAACUGAAACAAAGCAAACGACAUCUAGUCUAUGGACAAUAUAUUACCUUUAUUCUAAAUUCAGAACAUCUUUGGAGAUUUUGUCCUAGAGCAGACCUGGAGAAAGCUGACCCACAGGCCUUAUCCGGCCUGCAGAGUUAUUUUUUCUAUAUUUUUACCGUAAAUGUUAUGUCCAAUCUAUGAAGAUUUUAAAUAUGUUAAACAUGAAAAAUUCACUUUUGCUUUUUUAAAAAUACAUUUAGAAAUCAAUAGAAUCAGUGCAAUCUAACUACAUGUAGUAAGUGUAUAAUAGUAGCUUUCAUGGGGCAUGUAAAUAUUUAUUCAAACAUGGACCUGCUAUAAAAUACAGGCCCAGCUCUGUAAUAUAGAGACUGGGUGCUUGUGCAUGAUGCUCCUUGGGUAAUGCUGUGACAAUUCUUCAUGCGGCACUUGUUCUUGUUAUGGGGUAAAAUCAUGGCAUGUGUCCGCUGAGAAUAUUAUUACAUCGUAUGAUGCAGAAAAGAACUGCUAAGGAAAAAAGUUAGUCUGAAAAUUAGUGGAGACUGUGGUGGAAAUACCAUAAUUACAGAAAAGCCUGGUCUCAAUCUGCAAGAGACCUCUUCCUAUUAUACACAGUACAAAUUUGUCUUGUAAUUUUGUAAUUAUUAUGUGAUGAUGAACUCACAGGAUGGGAAUAUUAAGCACAAGCGUUUUAUGAUUGGAAAUAAGUAAAGGCUAAAUUUCUCUAAUGUGCAGGAAGAGAAAUUUGACAUUUGAAUGUGUCACAUUUUGUCAAAAGGUAGAUUUCAUGGCGCAUUUCAAAUUUAGUCCCAUGUUGCCUAUGAUUUGUGUUUCUUGGGUGACUGACUUUUAUCUGUCAUUUCCCACAAUUCCCACCAGUUUAAUUAACUGAUAGAUAGCGCCAUAAGACACCAUAAGAUAUUGGGCACCAUCUGUCUAGUCUAAAAAAAGUAUGCAGGAUGAUGCAAUUCUCAGACAAGAGCAGCAAGAACAUCUUUGGUCCUAACUUUGCUCCUAUAGUGAGAUUUUCUUAAUUCUGGGAAAUUCUAUAUGAAGAUAUAUCCAUGAAUUCUUAUUGAUUUAAGCCUUGAAAUUGCCCCAAGAAGUGUUGAAUAUAAUGAAUAUAAUGGGGUAAAAUUUACAAAUCUGUUUGUGUGCACUGCUGCAGAAUCUGUUAUAUGAGUAUUUUUACUAUUAUUAAAUUAUAUCUUUAAAACAGUAAUUCAUGAACUAUAAUAUAAUGUGUUUUAGGUUUAUUUAUUAUUUCCUUCAGAUAAAAUAAAGCCAUAUUUUGAAGUGCAAUACUGUAGAAACAUUAAUUAGCCCUUCUUCCCAUGUAAUUAUAGUGCAAAUACUAAUGCAGACAGUCAAUUAUCCAUCUAAUUAAUUGCAAUGCUGGUUGAGGGUACAAGGAGCAAUGGUGUAUGUCUGAUUUUAGCAUCAGAACCAAAUCAGGCCUGAAACCCUUGACCCUUAAACACACAUAAUAUUCCCACAAAAU